AUGGCAAAUCCUGAGGCUGUUAUAAGUAGCUGCAGCUCUCAUGAAGAAGAAAAUCGCUGCACUUUUAACCACCAUACAUCUCCCUCUGAGGAGCUUCUAUUAGAAGACCAGAUGAGGCGAAAACUCAAAUUUUUUUUCAUGAAUCCUUGUGAGAAGUUCUGGGCUCGAGGUAGAAAACCGUGGAAACUUGCCAUACAAAUUCUAAAAAUGGCAAUGGUAACCAUCCAGCUGAUCUUUUUUGGGCUAAGUAACCAGAUGGUGGUAGCUUUCAAGGAAGAGAACACUAUAGCAUUCAAACACCUCUUCCUAAAAGGAUAUAUAGACCGAAUGGAUGACACAUAUGCAGUGUAUACACAAAGUGAUGUAUACGAUCAGAUCCUCUUCGCAGUGAACCAGUACUUGCAGCUACGCAACAUCUCAGUUGGGAAUCACGCUUAUGAGAACAAGGGCACAGAGCAGUCAGCCAUGGCCAUCUGUCAGCACUUCUACAAGCAAGGAAACAUCUGUCCUGGAAAUGAUACCUUUGACAUUGAUCCAGAAAUUGAAACUGAAUGUUUCUUUGUGGCACCAGGUGAACCUUUUCACGUUGGAACACUAGAAGAAAAACUCAAGUUACUGCUGGACUUUCACAGACUCAUAACAGUGGAUCUGCAGUUUAAAUUGAAGGCCAUUAAUCUGCAGACUAUUCGUCAUCACGAGCUCCCAGAUUGUUACGACUUUACUCUGACUAUAACAUUUGACAACAAAGCCCACAGUGGAAGAAUUAAGAUAAGUUUAGAUAAUGACAUUUCCAUCAGAGAAUGUAAAGACUGGCACGUAUCUGGAUCAAUUCAGAAGAACACUCAUUACAUGAUGAUCUUUGAUGCCUUCGUUAUUCUGAUAUGCCUGGCUUCAUUAAUCCUGUGUGUUCGAUCUGUGGUGAAAGGACUUCAGCUUCAGCAGGAAUUUGUCAAUUUUUUCCUCCUCCAUUAUAAGAAGGAAGUUUCUGUUUCUGAUCGAAUGGAAUUCGUCAAUGGAUGGUAUAUUAUGAUUAUUAUUAGUGACAUAUUAACCAUUACUGGAUCAAUUCUGAAAAUGGAAAUCCAAGCUAAGAGUCUGACAAGUUAUGAUGUCUGUAGCAUACUUCUUGGUACCUCUACCAUGCUCGUGUGGCUAGGAGUCAUCCGAUACCUUGGUUUCUUUCAGAAAUACAAUCUCCUAAUUCUCACCCUUCAGGCAGCGCUGCCCAACGUCAUCAGGUUCUGCUGCUGUGCAGCUAUGAUUUACUUAGGCUAUUGCUUCUGUGGAUGGAUUGUGCUGGGGCCUUACCAUGAUAAGUUCCGUUCUCUGAACAUGGUCUCUGAGUGCCUUUUCUCGCUGAUAAACGGAGAUGAUAUGUUUGCCACAUUUGCAAACAUGCAGCAGAAGAGUUACUUGGUCUGGCUCUUUAGCAGGAUUUACCUCUACUCAUUCAUCAGCCUCUUUAUAUACAUGAUUUUAAGUCUUUUUAUUGCACUGAUCACUGAUACGUAUGAAACAAUUAAGCAUUACCAACAAGAUGGCUUCCCUGAGACUGAACUUCGUGUAUUUAUAUCAGAGUGCAAAGAUCUGCCCAAUUCUGGAAAGUACAGAUUAGAAGAAGAGCCUGCAGUAUCUAUAUUCUGCUGUUGUAAAAAGUAG